CCAUUGUCUCAAAUAAAUUGUUGAAAGUGGCAAAACCAUAACUAUAUUUAGCCCUGGUUUUUUGAUUUUCAACAUUAGAAUUAGAUCGAUCUCUCUCUCCUUUCUCUUCCCAUUUUCACAUUAUUUGUCACUCUUAGACAUCUUUGCACGUCAAUGGUCUAAAGCACUUGGGCGCCCUUCCAGGGCAAUUGUGUCUUUCCUUUUCUGUUCCUCUCUUUCCCGCGAAAGUGUUUCCCUCUCUAGGCUUCUGAUUUCACCCGAAUGACCUCCUCCCGCACAUUAUUUCACCGUCUAGUUCAUCCGUUAACCAGAGAAAACAGCCCUCUCUCUCUCUCUCUCUCCUGUACCCAUCAACUGUUUAUCUGGAGGUAUCUCUUCCAUCUCCAGUUUCCUGUGCUUAUCAGAGAUCUAGCACUUUUUAAGCUGCUAUAACCUCACUCUCUUUUUUUCUCUCUCUCUACAAGCUAUCUAUCGAGAUCUUGGUUUACUAUGCGGGCAUCUAAAUUGGGUUCGUUUCUCUCUCUCUAACCUGUAUGACUUCUCUCUCCCUGUAAACUAGGUCUUCUUCCAUUUACUUAAACUGCUUGCCAAUAUCUUCCUGCAUCAAAAUUGAGCCAUUUAAACCUCUUUUGAGAAUGGGUUAUGACUGUUGUUCUCUCUAAACUCAUUUAUCUCCUUUCUUAUAGACAUUGGAUUCCCUCUAUCAGUUGACUGGUUCUUCUCUCUCUGUAUUUGAUGGGUUUCUGCAAUGGGUUGUCUCUGGUUGAAAUUCGAGUAUCUUAUGACCCUGUGCUGGGUUUUUUCACGCACCCAUGAAAAACCAAUGCGCUCAUUUUGUUGAAUUAUGAUAUAUUUGGAGGACCCAUAUGGAAAUCAUUGCCUGAUUAGGUCAUUUCUGCGGUUCUUCCACUGGGUUAGGGUUUUAAGGGUAAUUUUUGGGUUAUACCCGCCAUGUCCGAGGAUGUGCUAAUGCAUUUGUCUUCAAAUUCGAACCAGUCUGAUCCUUCUUUGCCCACAAAGCUUGCAAAACUCGAAGCUAGAAUGGCAGGGAAGGGCGCAACAGUUCAGGUGCCAUGGCACUCUGCUUCUUCGGCUAAAUCUGGGACCAAUGAAGAAAUAGCCGAAACUUCAACUUCCACUGAUUCAGACGAUGACGUUGGUGAUGAAUAUUUAAUACAACCUAACAUUCAGAAGAGGCAGAGAUGCAAUGAUGAGGAGCAACCAUCCUCUUCUCAUCAAUCAGAGGGAGUAGUAGAUGGUAGAACAAAGAUCAUGGAUACCAUGGACCUACAAAUAGCUGUGGAAGAAUCAAACCGUAAGAAAAAUGGUCGUGGCCGGGGUCGCAGUGCGGCAGGGAGGGGGCGUGCUUCAAGGGCAAAUGAUACAAGCCGUGCAGUUGGGGCUUCUCCAAUAACUACAUUAUCAAAUGGCCAAAGCGAGAAAUUAGCACAUAUGGAGAACUGGUCUAGAGAACAGUUUGACAAGGACGAGAAGGCUUCUUUACAUGAGGAGCUGGCAUCCUUGAGAGCCAAAAAUGCAUCCCUAGAAGAAGAACUUCCUAGAGCACGCCAAGAAUCAGCUGAGCAUCAACAAACAUGCUGGCAAUUAGAAAAGGAACUGAGGGAGAUAAAAGACCAGGAGCAGCAGAUGAAGCCAAAGCGAAUAAAAGUAUUGUCUGAUCUGCUGAUAGCUGUUGCGAAAGCGGAGAGGCAGGAAGCAAGAAUGAAGAUACGCCAGGAUUCCUUAAGGCUGGGAAAUGUUGGCAUAUUGAGAGCUGGUACUGUUCUAUCGGAGACAUGGGAGGAUGGUCAAGCGCUCAAAGAUGUUCAAGCUCAUCUUAGGUACUUAUUGGAAACGAAGGAGGCUAUUGAGAGGCACCGGAAAUCAUUGAAGAAACGACAAUCUGAUAAGAGUGAUGGAAGUGAUCAUGAUGGAGGAGUACCGGAAGAAGACUUUCUUAUUCAAGAUGAGAUAUGCAAGUCUCGGCUGCUCAGCAUAAAACGGGAGGAAGAGAUGUCACUGAGAGAGAGGGAUCGCUAUGAACUAGAAAAAGGAAGGCAUAUUCGGGAGAUGAAGCGCAUUCGAGAUGAGGAUGGAUCUCGAUUCAACAAUUAUCAAAUUUUAAACCACCGAUAUGCUCUUCUAAAUCUUCUUGGAAGGGGAGGAUUUAGCGAGGUUUACAAGGCAUAUGAUUUGGUGGAGUACAGAUAUGUGGCAUGUAAGCUUCACGGCUUGAAUGCACAGUGGAGUGAGGAGAAGAAGCAGAGCUACAUUCGGCAUGCAAUUCGAGAGUACAACAUCCAUAAGACACUGGUGCAUCCACAUAUUGUGCGUCUGUGGGACAUCUUUGAGAUUGACCACAACACAUUCUGUACAGUCUUAGAGUAUUGCAGUGGAAAAGAUCUUGAUGCGGUGCUAAAGGCUACCCCAGUUUUGCCGGAAAGGGAAGCUCGUAUAAUAAUUGUUCAAAUAUUUCAAGGACUUGUAUACUUGAAUAAGAGACCACAGAAAAUUAUUCAUUAUGAUUUGAAGCCAGGGAAUGUUCUCUUUGAUGAGGUUGGUGUUGCAAAAGUGACUGAUUUUGGUCUGAGCAAGGUAAUGGAAGAUGAUGUUGGAUCCCAAGGUAUGGAGCUUACUUCUCAAGGAGCUGGAACAUAUUGGUACUUGCCUCCAGAGUGCUUUGAGCUCAACAAGACACCGCUUAUAUCAUCAAAGGUUGAUGUUUGGUCAGCUGGUGUUUUACUCUACCAAAUGCUCUUUGGUAAACGCCCAUUUGGCCAUGACCAGACCCAGGAAAGGAUCUUACGGGAAGACACAAUUAUAAAGGCCCGCAAGGUGGAGUUUCCAUCACGCCCCUCGGUGUCAAAUGAGGCAAAGGACCUCAUUCGGCGAUGCUUGACAUAUAACCAGGCCGAGAGACCAGAUGUUCUGACCAUUGCCCAAGAUCCAUAUUUCUCAUAUACUAAGAGAUAACACCACUCAGCAGGAUUGCAGGGGAGAGAGAGGGUUAUUUUUGGGAAGGGAGAGUAUUUGACUUUGUUUUUGGUUAAGGUGAUGUAGUCCUCACAUCCAGUUUGUGGGUUCUGCUCACCUGGCAAUCUGCAAUUUCCUCUUCAAAUUUCUGUACAGUUUGUAAAUUCUUUUGUUGCCUCCAUAUUUAAACUCAGUUUCAUCUUUUUAGAGCCAGAUUUGCGGGUUCCUUGAGAUCUAGAAUGUGUUAGCAUUGUGAUGCGGUAAACAAUAUGUUUGCAAAUUUAGGCACUCCUACAAAAGUAAUUCUAGAGAGAGACCGAAAAAUCAUUGAGAUUUGACAUUCAGUUUGAAACUUUCAAAUUUAUAUAUUGUCAGUGGAGUUGCCUCAGCAAA